AUGUUACCGAGCACUGCGGUGAGCUCCCCGCUGCAGGGGAACGGAGCGCUGAAUUCCAGGGAUGCGGCGAGACACACGGCGGGGGCGAAGCGCUACAAAUACCUGAGACGGCUUUUUCGCUUCCGGCAAAUGGACUUUGAGUUUGCGGCCUGGCAGAUGCUCUACCUGUUCACCUCCCCGCAGAGGGUGUACAGGAACUUUCACUAUCGGAAGCAGACGAAGGAUCAGUGGGCUAGAGAUGACCCCGCUUUCUUGGUGCUGUUAAGUGUCUGGCUCGGUGUGUCCACUGUGGGAUUUGGCUUUGUGCUGGACAUGGGAUUUUUGAAGAUGAUAAAGCUGCUCCUUUGGGUUGUGUUCAUAGAUUGUGUGGGCGUUGGUCUUCUCAUCUCAACUCUAAUGUGGUUUAUCUCUAACAAGUAUUUGGUGAAACGGCAGAGCAGAGACUACGAUGUGGAGUGGGGCUACGCCUUUGAUGUGCAUCUGAAUGCUUUUUAUCCUCUCCUAGUCAUUCUGCACUUCAUCCAGCUGUUCUUCAUCAACCAUGUCAUCUUAACAGACACAUUUAUUGGAUAUUUGGUUGGAAAUACUUUCUGGUUGAUUGCUAUUGGCUAUUACAUCUACAUAACCUUCCUGGGAUACAGUGCAUUGCCAUUUUUGAAAAAUACAGUAAUUCUCCUCUACCCAUUUGCACCUCUCGUUCUGCUCUACGGGCUGUCACUAGCACUAGGAUGGAACUUCACCCACACACUGUGUUCCUUCUACAAGUACAGAGUGAAGUGA